GAUCAAAAGUUGAUUGAUUACUGGUAUUUUGGCGUUGGCUUUUUAUAAAAUUAGUUGAAUUGAAUUAUACAAAAAGUGAACAAAUGUGGAAUAAAUGCAUGGAUAGAGCUAUAUAAUCCUUUUUAAUUUAUUUUAAAGCACAAAAAUGUUUAAGAAGUUAAAGGAUAAGUUAGCUGAAGAAGUAAAAUCUUCACCUCAACGUAUCCAACAAUUUGCACAAGCUGCUCAGGCUGCUGUAACAUCAGCAUCAAGCAGUAUAUCUGAUAUCACAAAUAAUGAUUUGUUUUCUAUCGGAGACAAUGAUGGUCAACAGUCAAAGACACUAAAAUCACAGACAUCAGGCCAACAAAGUACAUUUCAAGAAGUGCCUCUCUUCCAGCCCUCUGGCUCCCAAUCCACUACAGAAGAUUCCAGCUACAGUCUUGAUAAUAUGGAUAAUCAAAGACAAAGAAGACUUUCUAACAGUUCUUUUGCUAGUGAUGUUUCAUUCAGACUACCGAGCUAUGAGAGUCCUUCAAUGUAUCAUCUGCAGUCAGAUAUUGAGAUAUCUGCAAGUGAAGCGGAAGAAAGGGGUUUCUCUGGCGGCCAAGUGAGCCUUGAACGUGUUACAAAGGACCAGCUUUACGCCGCAUACAGACGCACUCAGGAGCGCUACACCAAGUACAGAACACAAUAUGCAAACCUAGCCCACCACUAUAAGCUACUAGAACGAGAAAACGCAAAAGCAAGGAGUGUACUAGUGGAAACUCAAGACAAGGCUUUAAGACGAAUAUCUGAGCUAAGGGAACAAUGUGCGCUGGAGCAGAGUGCGAAGGCACACCUAGAAAAAGCCCUUCGUGUCGAUAUAGAAGAGAGAAAUAUGAAAAUAGAAGCAUUAAAUACACAGAUUACACUUUUACAAGAUAGUAAAGAUGAGAGUAAUAAAGAACAAAUAGUCACCAUUGAUGAUACAAAUUCAAAUGGAAGUGAGCAAGUAGCUCAACUUAUUAAUUUAGCUCUUGAUAAUGAAGUCAAACAAGUAUGUGAGCAGGCACCAAAUGUAGAAUUGAUCACAUUAAACAAUAAAAUCGAAAAAAUGGAACAGUUAUUAACUAAAUAUAAAGAAUCACUUAAAACAACCAAAGAAAAGAAUACACAAAUGGCAAUGGAACUCCAAAAAAUGACAAUUGAGCUUUCAAGCAAAAAUCAAGAAAUAGAAGUACUAAAAGCUACAUCUGCACAAUUAAUAGAAGCUAAACAACAAAUACAUGAACUGAAUAUAACAAAUGAGGAAUUGCAGAAUAAAAUUAAUACUUAUGAUUUUAGUAAAACCAAGGAAACAUCAACUUUAGAAUUAGAUCUACAGAGAGCACAAGAAGAAAUUGAUGAACUAAGUCGUAAAAUUUACAUAUUCACCAAAAGAGAAGAAGAAAAUGCUAUAUCUCUAGCUGAGAACAAAUUAAGUAUCCACAAAGAAUUAGAAAGUAAAGAAACUGAAAUAAAAAAACUGAAAGAUCAUUUAUCUGCUGCCAAUACAGAACUACAGUCUAUUAAUAUUAUAGUGACCGACUACAAGACCAAAUUGGCGUCAUUAGAAGAAGAGAAAACAAAAUUAACUGACAAUAUCAAAGAGCUCGCCACAGCAAAAACUAAAAUUAAAGACCUUGAAACGCAAAUGCAAUCACUUACUCAACAAUUACUUAUUAUUGAACAAUCAAAAGUCAAAUGUGAUGAAGAGUACAAAUGCUUACAACUCCAAAUGAAGCAAGAAACCGCAGAGAAAUUAGCCAUGGUUGAUAGGAAUGUGUAUUUAGAAAAUCGGAAUGUUCAGCUAACUGAUGAGAUCACAAGAAAAGGUUCUCAAAUAAGUAAGUUGGAACAUGAGAUUCAAAUUUUUAAAACAGAAAAAGAUAACGAUCUUGCUGAAAUUUCUGAAAAAGGACAGAUUCUAGAUGAGGUACAAGUUUGGAAAGCAAAAUAUACUAACCUGGAAUCAGAGAUUCAAGAAGAACGAGAAGAGCUUGUUAAAUUACAAUCAGAGAUAGAAAAACUUUUAAGAAACCACGAAUUGAUACAGAAUCAAAAUUCUGAUUUAAAUGUUGUUGUGGCCGACUUAAAAUCAGAAAACAUAAUAUUACGUCAAAAACUUGCUUUGGCAAAACCUGCCCUUUCUGAAUUGUCUAAUGAGUUAAAGGUUUUAAAAAACCUCAUUCUCGAAGUAUCUUCAGAGUCAAAAUCAUUACAAACGGAAAUGUAUCAUAAAAUCAUUCCAGAAUUACUUAAAAAGAUCAACUUCAUCAUUGCAUUCUCCAAAUCACAUGAAGAAAUUAAUUUGAAAUAUCAAAAUCUCGUAAAAGAUUACAGUUUAUUACAAGAUAAUUUGCAGAAAGUAUUGAGUAAACAAGAUAUAACAAAUAAAAAUCUACUUACGUUACAAAUUGAGAAUGAUGAUUUGAAAGGUCAAAUAGACCAAUACAAAGAAAUCGAGAGAAAUUAUGUUAGCUCUCAAAACGAACUAAAAGAAAAUAUAAAUAGACAAGAAAUUAUCACAAAAGAAUUGCAUAUGCUGCAAGAACAAAAUAAAAGUUUAAUCUACCGUAUGCAGGAGUAUGACACAUUACAAAAUAAUUAUGAAAUACUGCAAAAAGAACUGCAAGAAAUGAGGGAGAAGCAGAACGAAUUGCAAAAAGAAUAUAAUGAGAUGCAAAAGGAGAAUGAAAGGUUAAAUUAUUGUCUUGAAGAAUUGGAAAACUUACAAACAGAAUACAAAAAAACGCAAAAAAAACUUAGUGAAGUUUCAAGCAAUCAUAACGCUUCUAAAGAAAAACUACAGUUUUUGCAAAAAGAAUACGACUAUAAAGAAGAAGCACUAAAUAAAAUAAGCAAUGACUAUGAACGAGUAAAGAAUGAAUUAGAAUUAACACAAAAACAAAUCAAAAAUUUGGAAGAACAACUUCAAAAAUAUGAGGCUGAAUUUAAUGUCAUUAAAGAUUCACAAGAACAAGACGCUAAAAAAUUAAAUGAGUCCAAAGAAAUGACAAAUAAUAUACGUCAAGAGUGUGCAGAAAAAGAAAUGAGAAUUGCCGACUUAGUAAAGAAAUUGGAAGCUAUUAUGCAAGAAAAUAUAUCACUAAAAAAUCAGUCUGAAAGUAUAAAAAUGAAUGCUAUACAUCUCGAAUCUGAAAUUGAAGAAGUUCGCAAAAUGCAUUCUGUAAUGGAAUCUGAAAAAGAUCGCUUAAAUAUUAUUAUAAAACAAUUAGAAAUUAAUCAACAAUCUGCUCAAACAGAAAACAAAGAAGUACAAGUAGAAAGUGUUUCUUCACAUAAUGCUCCUAAAAACUUCUCAAACGAAAUGGAAUCCUUAAUUCACAAUAUUGAUUCACUUACAUCUAAGAAUGCUGAACAUGAAAAGGAAAUUGCUUCCCUUAAAGAGAUCAACAGUCAAUUGUCCAGCAAUGUUUUCCAGAAUCAAAAGAUUGAAGAUAAAAAUGUGGAAAAUAAUACUGAAAUGUAUCAAACUUUAAAUGAAGAAUGUGAGCAUCUAAGGAGUGAAAAUAAGCGAUUAAAGUCCGAUAUUGAAGGUCUCCAAAUAUACUUAACUAAAAUCUCAAAAGAAAAUGGUGAACUAAACGAUAGAUUGCGGGAACUUAUAGCAUCAAGUGUAAAUUUGCCAGACAAAAAUGAAAUCAAUGUAGCAAGUCCAACAGAAUUAGAAAAAGAAAUUAAUUUGGAAAAACUAAAAAUCGAUGAUUUAUUAAGAGAAAACUCUCUGUUAAUAGAAGAGAACUUGGAGUUAAAAGAUCAAAUACAGUCACAAAAUUAUGCUAAAACCGAUAGUACAAUGCCUAUCCAUAACAAUAAUGAAUUAGAGUCGACUAACAUAAAAGAAAAAUAUGACGACUUGCUCAAUAAAAAGCUAAAACUAGAAGAAAGAGUUCGUGAUUUGGAACAAAUAAAUAAAUCAGUUAAUGGCAAUGUACAACAGAUACAAGAUGGCAAUCAAAAAUUAAGAUUGGCCAAUGAGAAACUAGAAAGAAGGCUAGAUGAAGCUCUUGUUAGUUUGAGACAUUUACAUUCCCUACAGGAAAACACGGAGUUAGAAUAUUUGAGGAAUAUACUUUAUGAAUAUCUUACAGGAACUGGCAUGCAUUCCAUAACUUUGGCAAAAGUUUUAGCAGCUGUUGUCAAGUUUGAUGAAAAACAAACACAAGCAGUGCUACAGAAGGAAAAAGAACGUCAAGGUGUUCUACAUCAACUAGGUCUCCUGUGAUAUCUAGCAACGUGAAAAGUAGAAAAUUUAAUAUUAGAUUAUUUCUUCUAAAUAAAUAAGUAAUUAUAAUUUAUUUCUAAGUGAUCACGCCAUUUUUAUAAUUAAGUGACAAGGUGACUAAGGAAUCGCUAGAAAAUUCGCUAUUUCAGUUAAUCUAUUUAGAUGAAUCUGUAAAAAUGCAAUUUUCUGUUAAGACUACUUUGUUAUUGUAAAAAAAUAUAAAGUUUAUAGCAUAAUGUAGUUUAAGUUUUUACUACGGAUAAAAAGAAAUAGACGCAAGGGCAGCGCUCAUAUUUCUCUAAUACAUAAAAGCAUGAUCACAAUGUUUAAUAAUUUGAGCACAAGAAGUGGUAACUUCAUAUGUUUAGUAUUGAAUAUAUGAAUAUAUAAUAUGGCUGGCACUUAGGUCUUUAUUGCCGUUGUUCGAAUACAAAACAACGGCAAUAAUGGCGUAAGUGUUGGACGCCAUAAGGUCGUUUUUGAUUUGGACCGCCACAUAUAAAAAGGUUUGACAAUUCAGUUCUCUAUAAAAUGUUUGGUCUAAAGUUUGACUGGCAGGGAAUGCCAUUUCCACCUAUUGUUAAGUUUUUUGAGUUGUGCAAUAAUAUUUUUAAAAUUAAUAUAU